UCUCUACCUAUAUUGCGUGCGUCUCUCUCGUCCUCUAUAAAAAUAGCCACCAGUUAUUCCCAAAGAAAACCCCGAAUUUCCCAUACAAAUUCCCCAUCAAUUUUCUCUCUCAUAACCUCCAACUCCAAUCCUUCAAUGGAACUUGUUUCCGUUCCCUCCUCCCUCCACCGCCGAACCAUCUUGUAGUAUAGUUUCGAAUUCCCUCCCCUCUUUCCGUUUCCUUCUCAUCCAAACCAAUAUACACCAAAGAGGAAAGCCGGAUGAGGUAUUUAUUGGAGUUCGUUUCUUGUUGCGCUACGCCGAUGAUACGCGAGCGGGAAACUUCGGUGCCUGUGGAGGAUGACGGUAGGUUGCUGGUUCCGGCGCCGGUAGUUUCUGCUACAGCUUCCACUUCUUCUAACCGUCGGUAUCGUAAGAAGCAUAAAAAGAGUGGCUCGCAGGAUUGGAAGCCUUCGUUGGGACCGAUCUCGGAAGAUCUCGUUGUUCAGCCGAAAGGUACGGUGGCUUGUGCGGGUUGUGCGGGAAAGGAGGUUAAGAAGAAGACGAUUCCCCGUGGUGCUGGUAAGGUGCAUCACCGGAGCUACAGCGACAGUUAUCACGGGCCUAUGAUUAUGCCAGCAUUCUCUGCAUCGCCAUUCAUGUUUUGAAAUUUUAAAUGUGAUGUGUAAUGUAUAUAUAUUAAAUGCUAGUAGAGUGUGCUACAGGUAAAAAAAAUUGCUAAGGGGCACCCACCUUGACCUUGUAAUUAAAUUAAAGUAAUCAUCUAUCACUUUUUCUUCUAAAUCAACAAA